AUGGCGAGAACGGUGUCUCAGUCGGCGGGCAUCCUUGCUUGCCUUUGUCAAGUCUCGUGCUGCAGGAACGCUCCGUCUCCAUCUCCAUGGACCUCUGCCCUCGCGUGUCUCGCUGGCCAUGCAAUGAACACGCCGCCGCGCUCCUCUGUCUCGCCAGCCACGGCAGAGGGAGCCAUUCCGAACCGAGCCUCGGGCGACAUGGGGACAUGGCGCCAAGUGCAGCGCACACUGUCAAUUGCGCGUGCAUCCGCUACGCAGCGCUGCAGGCUCCCAAUUGACCCGUCGACGGCAUCCCAGGAGCAAUCCGCGCCGCCAUUGCCCAACCGCGACCUGCGACCCGCGACCCUCGACCAUGCCCAGCGCCUGACCACGCCUGCCUCCAGACCCAUUGCCCGCCGCCGUCUCGUCGCCUCGGUCGCAGCGCAGCGCCUUGUCGCCGCCCGCACAGCCGCUGUGGCUGGUUGCCGGCGAGCAGACCGCGCGCGGCAAGACGCAACCGCACCGGCGGCGACAACGCUCGCGCCGCGCAGAAGCACUCGCGCAAAAGAGUCGGUGAAGCAUGCCCGGCGACUCGUGGGGCGUUUCUUGUUUGCGACAGCCGCUCCACCAGCUGCCCCGUCGCCCAACACCACCACCACUCGUCCUCCCCGUCGUCCCGGCGGCCGUCGCCUCUGGCGGUGCUCGAUUGCGCACCAGCAGUCCGGGCUCGCCACAUUGACGACUCCGGCGCCCGACGCGCCCACCCUGUACCAACGCACGCAGCCCAUCUCUGACGAUACCCACGAUAACGACCCUCCCGCAUUCGAGCCUUAUAUCUCAUCGUUGCAGCAACGCCAGCAGCAGGCUGCCGAGUUCUUCAGGGCCCAGCACAACUACUCGCGAGCCUCGAGUUCCGAGGGCAGCGCCGCCCACACCCUCAGGCGCACCCCGAACAUCGAAGACGUCCGCCAACGGUACCGCACACCGCCAGCCGACCCCGCGCCCGAACCCCAACAGCGCACUGUCCGCUUCGCUGCCGAGUAUUCGCACCUGAGCCCCGGUCCCUCGGACAGCUUUCGCGCCCGCAUUUCAGACCCGCAAUUCGAGCCGCACCCCGCGCUCCGCAUCUCCCAGCGGACUGCGUCUGCGAUCCACUUCGUGCUCGAAGAAGCCAUCCGGACUCCGUAUCCCUUCACCCCAGAUCUCGCCGAGGAGAACGCGUCCAUGGCGGAGUUGACAGCUGGGGGCAACGGCCGCGCUGCCAAUGCCGGCGCGCGCGCUGGUGGACCGUUUCCAGUCACCAAGGAAGACCGCCCCAACAUUGUGACGCCGCAAAUGAUCAUGAACAAUCGUCGCCAGCGAGAAGCGCGGCGAGAGGCUGAGGAGGAGCGAAAGGCGCAAGAGGCACGAGAAGAGCGGAGGAGAAGUGCAGAACGGAGAGCUCAAGCUGCUGGCGUUGCAGGCGCCCCCAUGAAUCCCGAUGCGGGGAUCCAAAGACAACCGCAACCACAGCAAACGUACGACAGCGGCUAUGGCUCGUACGGGCCACAGGGUGCGUCUGCGAGGCAACCUGCACCUCCAGCGGCGGCCACACUGCCACCAUCAGGGCGCGCACAAGAUACAACAUCCGGCGCGCAGUCGAAUAGGCCGCGUGCAAAUUCACAAUCGCAGCAACAGCCUCGUCCUGUUCAGCAACCCUCUACUACACAAGCUGGCUCCUCGCGACGACCACCGCCCGCCCAGCACGCCAGAAACCCCUCUGCUCCUGCUGCGUCAGCGCAGCCUGUUUCCUCUGCCCCUGCAGCUGCGUCGGCCCUUCCAGGUGCUUCUUCCUCCUCCCAGCAGCGCCAGUCUACGGUUUCGACAUUCCCACAUGCCUUUGAACGAUGGGAGACCCUCUCGUCCCAUUGGGAAGGGCUCACUUCCUACUGGAUACGGCGAUUGGAGCAAAAUACAGACGAGGUGCGCGGCGCACCCCUUGCUCAGCAGAUGUCCCGCCAGAUCACGGAUCUCUCUGCUGCAGGCGCAAAUCUAUUUCAUGCUGUCGUCGAGUUGCAACGGCUUCGAGCAUCAUCGGAGCGCAAGUUCCAGCGAUGGUUUUAUGACCAUCGACAAGAACAGGAGCGGGCGCAAGAACGCGAAGCACAGCUCGAGAACACAAUAAGAGAUGAACGUGCCGCCCGAAACCAGGCCGUAGCCGAUAUGGAGCGUCUGUCCACGGAGAAGAGAAAUGCCGAACGAUCUGUGCAGGAGAUGAAGCGUGAACUGCAAAUAUCUAAAGAAGAAGCAAGACGAGCGUGGGAAGAGCUUGGACGACGUGAGCAGGAGGAGCGUGACCGUGUCUUUUCCUUACGAGAAGGCCAACCUACCAUGAUAGGCGGCGUCCAGGUGCUUCCGACGGCCCAAGCCAUGGGAAGGCAUGGCAGCGUCCGUUCGCACGGAGACGAUACGUACGGUGCAAGCUCAGCUAGCCAAGGGAUCGAGCAGCAUUAUUCCUACGAAGAAGGUCAGUCACCGACUGACACAGACCCCUUUACCGAAGGACGGCGGCACGAACCUGAGGCCAAACCGGUCGCCCAGGGCACGUACGUCCCCUCAGGUGCCGGUCCGUCCACUCUAUACCAGCCUGGGUAUUCCCAAGCCCCGGAGCAGCCGCAGAUCCCCGCGCCUCUCCGCCCCCAGCAAGCAUCCAGCGGCCACCAAGGCCCUCCCGCUCCCCAGCAACCAUUCUCCAAAGACCCACGCACCUCCCAACCCGAAGCCUUUUACCAACAGCCCGACGUCUACCUCCACCGCGACUCCGCCGCCUCCCCCGAAGACGAGCGUUCCACCAUCCUUUCCCACCCGGAGGAGGACCCCUCCGACGCCGAAGACGAAUACGCCAUCGACGAAAAUGGAAACUACAUCCUCGACGCCGCAGGCCACCGCGUCCCGUUCCGCGCGCUGCGCCAGCAGCAGCAGCAGGACUCGGACGAUGAAGAUGUGUCCGAGGACCGGCGUAGGGAGCUCGAGCACUUGCAUCGGUACGGGAGUACCGCGACCACGGUGUACGGGAGCACCGCGACGAUGGGGACGGGGUCGGGCGUGAGCCAGGCGCCCGCGGAUUACAGCGGCGAUGGAUAUGGCAGUGAGUGGGUGGGCAUGCGGCAUCACCACCCGACGCGCUUGAGCGAUGUCAUGGAGGAGGAUGAGCGGAGCCGGACGAGUCCGAGUCGCGCGAGCCAGGCUAGUCGGGGCUGGCUGCGUGAUUGA